ACUUGUUAUUUUCGGCGAUUACCAUCCAACAACACGAUCACAAAGCCGACCGGAUCCGCAGUCGACCGCAUCACGCCCAUUGAGUGACCCUCCUCCCGAGGACAGAGCCGGAGGCGGAGAGCUGCUGGGGGGGGCAGUGCAAAUGGCGACCCCGCUCGCGUUCCACCAACCCUAACGCUCCGAUCAACCGAUCGCGGUGCUCCGGCUCCGACCAUCUCGAUCGAGGUUGGUCGAAGCGUUCCCUUCUCGCCCUAGGGUUUCUCCCGCAAGAUUCGCUCGGUAACCCGGGUCCCUCUCGAUCGUCUCGUUGUACUCUCCGUUCAUGACUUGCAUUUCCUCCUACUCGCCGCUUAAUGCUGGGGUUCCGCAUUAAGCGGGGGGUGCUCGGGGGAAGUGCAAACGACGACCACGCUCGCGUUGCACCAACACUAACGCUCCGAUCAACCGAUCGCGGUGCUGCGGCUCCCACCAUCUCGAUCGAGGUUGGUCGAAGGGUUCCCUUCUCGCCCUAGGGUUUCUCCCGCAAGAUUCGCUCGGUAACCCAGCAUUUGAACUUUUCUGGUCGUAUUUGGUUUCUGUUGGAGUUUGGAGAAGGUGUUGGUGAUAUCGAUUCGGGAAUGGCGCGGCAAAAAGCUAUAGCGGCACUGAAUGCGAUGAAGGCCAUCGGAAUACCGAUGCAAAUGGCCAAACCCGUGCUGAAGAACCUUCUUAAAGUUUACGAAAAUAAUUGGGAGUACAUCGAAGCGGAGAACUAUCGGGUCCUCGCCGAUGCUAUACUUGACAUUCAAGAAUCGCAGGAGAAGGAUAUGGGUGGUAAAGGGAAGGAUGUUAUUGCAAGCGAUGAUCCUGAGCCUUGUCGAAUGAGAGUCAGGGCUAGGCAAGAUGACCAUCCCCCUCCACCAUCAAAUGCUAACCCUAAUUUGGCUGGUGAAACUUCACAGAAAAGGCCAAGACUAGAAGCAGGUGUAUCACGUGAACAUAAAGGAGAUGGACCAGUUUCAUCCUUGAGGAGUCAAGGAAUCAUGAACGAUGAACCCUCGUUGCCUCAACCUUCCUUUGGGAAAGCAGCAAAUCAGGACUUGUUACAGCGGCCAUUGACUAGGCAGACUACAGCUGAGGUUGUGCCACCUCAAACUUGCAAUAUAUCUGAUAGAGCUGGACAGACAUCAUCUCAUUUGAAUCAUAGACAAAUAAAAACACCGAACCAGGAUAAAAGGGAUAAUUCCAUCAUUUUAAAAGAGCCAAAAGUUGAACCAGGCACUGAGUUUCUACAAAAGCAUCACACAGGUAACUGUUCUUCUGAUCCAGUCAGUCCUAAGGAUGAGCCGUGUGAAUAUGACUCACCAGUAUCUGAAACUCCUAUUGCGAUGAUACACCCUUCGCAGCCACAUUCUUCAGGAAACAUAGGUCAGCAGAGUUGUCAUAUCUCUUCGAAAGGUCAUUCAACUUUGCAGCAAAAUGUUGAUGGAAGCAUGACACAGAAAGGGCAAAGAAAUAAUGCUAAGGAAAGUCUCCCAGUUAAUGCAUUCACUACGGGAACCACAUCUGAGCUUUUAUCUGUUCAGGAGUCAUCUUCUUUUAAUGUUGAUGUAGCUUCUUCAGACUUGGGGGAGGUAAAACUUACAUUUAGUUGUAGCUCUGAUCGACCGGAUUUCCAUGUACCUAAUUUGGAGACUGUCUUUAAACGAGUAGAAGAUAGAUGUUUGAAAUCCUACAGGAUUCUUCAACCGAGCUUCUCUUUUGUGAACCUUAUGAAAGAAAUGUGCGAGUGUUUUCUAGAGCUAGGUUCUGAAGCAACUGAUGAUAAGCAGGAAAAUGUCAUGCAGAUAAUUCCAACAAUAGAUGCACUCAAGAAACCCAUCAUGCCUUGUGCUUAUGACGCCAUGUCUGCAUGCUUGAAUAAUUCAUUUUUUCCAACAGCAUUGGAUAAUAUGGACGUGACACUUAGCUCUGAUCCUUCUCCUAUUCAGAAAGAUACACUUAUUAAUCAAAGUGGGAUGAUCCAGAAGAUGAAGGAACCUGAAAUUCCCAAAUCCAGAAGCCUAACAUCAUGUAGCUUGGUGGUGGUUCAGCCACAACAUGCACUAGGCAGAUCAAGACUGCUUCAUGAUGUCAAUGACAUAUGUAAAGGUGAAGAAAGAGUUAGAAUAUCAGUGGUAAACGAAAUCUCUAGAGAAGAGUACCCGCCAUCUUUUAACUACAUACCACGUAACAUUGUUUACCAGAAUGCAUAUGUUAGUUUUUCUCUCGCUCGAAUUGGGGAUGAGGACUGCUGCGCAGAUUGUUUCAGUGAUUGCUUGGCUGCACCAAUACCUUGCACCUGUGCACGUGAAACAGGAGGUGAAUUUGCCUAUACAUCAGAUGGCCUUAUGAAAAAGGAAUUUCUGGAUGAAUGCAUUUCUAUGUAUCGUGAACCGCAAAAACACCAUCUGUUCUAUUGUAAAGAUUGCCCCCUAGAAAGAUCAAAGAAUGAUGUUUUGCCUGAGGCAUGCAAGGGACACCUAGUGCGGAAGUUUGUCAAAGAAUGCUGGAGCAAAUGUGGCUGCAGUAUGCAUUGUGGAAACCGUGUGGUUCAAAGAGGCAUCACACGCAAUUUGCAAGUGUUUCUCACAUCUGAAGGAAAGGGGUGGGGCUUGAGGACACUUGAUGAAUUGCCUAGAGGUGCUUUUGUAUGUGAGUAUGUUGGGGAAGUAUUGACAAACAUGGAGCUAUAUGAUAGGACAAUGCAAACCACAGGCAAUGCAGAGCAUACUUAUCCCGUGUUACUAGAUGCUGAUUGGGGCUCAGAAGGUGCACUGAAGGAUGAAGAAGCCCUUUGUUUGGAUGCAACAUUUUAUGGCAAUGUGGCAAGAUUUAUCAACCAUAGAUGCUUUGAUGCCAAUCUGAUUGAAAUUCCAGUUGAAGUGGAGACACCAGACCAUCAUUACUACCAUCUUGCUUUUUUUACAACCAGAAAAUUGGAAGCUUUUGAGGAAUUGACAUGGGAUUAUGGUAUAGAUUUUGAUGAUCAUGAGCACCCAAUUAAGGCAUUUAAAUGUAGAUGUGGAAGCAGAUUUUGCAGAGAUAUUAAGCGCCGCAGGAGAAGAUCAAGGGCAUUGGUUCAAUGAACCUACAGAAAUUUUGAAAAGGGUUUUGAGUAGGUCUCCAGUAGAAGGCUUGUUUUUAUUGUAAUUAACAAGUAAUCUGGUUGAUAUGGCGUCCUGCUCGUGGUGUACAGGAUGGUAUAGGAACAACUUUAAUGGAUUCUGCUGAAUGUGGACUGGGUUUUGACAGGAAUCUUUACCUGACUGUCAGAAGACUUGGAACUUAAAAACAUUUUGUUGGCAUCAGCAUCAAAUGGUAAUCUCCAUUCGGUGGGAUGAGGUUUCUCAAUUUGAUCUGCCUAUGACUGUUUUCAAGAUUGAUAGGUGUAAAUGCUGGUCGUUAAUAUUUUCUCUA